AUGGAUAAACUAAGCAAAUCACUUGAGGUUCUCAAAUUACUUUCAACGACAACAUCAGAAACAUCAAUAGCAAGCAAUGAAAAAUCUCGAUUAGAUGCAGCAUCUAUAAGCAAAGAAAAAAUUCAUCAUUUGAAUAAUAUAGUUGAUUUACUUUGUUCACCAUCAUUGAUUAAAGCUAACAAUGAAAAUUAUUUUAAAUUACUUACAGCUAGCGUAGAAACAUUAUUUAUGACAUGCGACGAAACUGACUAUGAUGUACGAAUAUCUGCUGAAGAAAAUAUUAGUAAACUUGUCAAAAAUCAUAAAGAAAUAAAUUUAACAAGAAUUCAAGUUGAAUUGCAUCGAAUUAUAAAACGAAAUCCAAAUGUUGGACCGCGAGCUUUAAAAGGUGCAUUAUGGAGAUUUGCUGAACUAGCCGAUGUAAUACAUCCGAAAAAAAUUCGCCCAUUUUUUGAACAUUUAUCAUUGUCAUUCUGUUCGAUUGCUGCUCGUUCAGAAGAUAUUGUCCAUGAAAAAUUAUCGGAUUAUUAUGAACUUAUUUUUCGUAUUAUCGGUCGAUCUAUUAAUGAUAAAGAAAUAAAAGAACUUAUCUCGGCCUAUUUGGCAAAUAUGUCACAUGAAUCUGCACUGAUUCGUCGUUCAUCAGCUGCCUGUCUUACUAUCAUAUGUCGUUAUUCUCGUCAUCCUAUGGGCGUUGCUCGUUAUCUAAUGACAAUUGCAAUUGAUAAAUUACUCGAACAUCAUAAUCAAGCUGAUAGUACUCGGUUGGUGAUUGGUUAUCUUGGCUUAAUAAAAAAUCUUGUACAAUUACUUGGUAUCAAUAUUGAAGAAUUUCAAUCAUUAACAAUUAAUUUUCAACAACCAUUAAAUACAAGUAAAAAUAUUGAUUCUAAUGAACAAAAUAUGUCAAUUAAUGUUCGACAAAUAAUCGAAUGUAUUGAUAUGGUUAGUUAUCUUUGUUUACAACAUAAUGAUCAUAAUGUUGUAUCAAGUUCAUUGGAAACACUUGAAAUAAUACUUAAAUAUACGAAUCUAUUUGAUUUGGAUCAAUUACUAAUUUCCACUCAAAUUGGAUUCAUAGAAGAAACACGUGUUAAUCAAGUAUUAAGGAGAGCUUAUCCAACAUACCAACGUUCAUUAAUUGAAAUAAAUGAACAACAAGAAAUUUUAGUAAAUAAAAUGCAUGAUGAACUAGAUGCAACAUCAAUAGAAAACAAUGAAAAACGAACAUCAGCUGCUAAACUUGUUGAACAACUUAUUUCAAAAUUUAUACUUAACAUGGAUGGUACAAUUAAGAGUGAUGACGAAUCACGUGUUAGUAUCAAAUGUGCUACACUAACAUGUCUUUCGUAUUUAUCAACAAUUGAUCCGUUUGCAUUUUUCGAUUCGUUUGAUUAUCCUACGGAAGUUAUAACGUAUCUUUUAUCGUUACGUGAACAUGGAGAUCCACCUCUACGUGGUGCCUGUGCGAAUUUACUUGCUAAACUAAUUCAAACAACAGUACACCUUCUAACAAUAUCUCAACCGAUAUCAUCACUAUCGAAUUCAUUUAAUAAUUCAUUUAUCAAUCAAAGUUCUCUUGUAUCGACUGAUUCUCAAGAGAGUUCAAGAUUAGAUAUUCAAUUAGGUAUAUUAGCUGAAUUACUGUCUGCAUUUCGAUUUUGUCUCAAUGAUAACAGUCCACGUGUUGUACACGUUGCUAUAAACGCUCUACGAACAUUAUUACCGGUUUUAUUAAUAAAUAGUCAUGCAUUAACAAUCGUAGGAAUUGAAUUAUUAGAAGAUUCUAUUCAACAUAGCUCAAGUUCCUAUCUUCUUGCUAAAAUUGCUCUAGCUCAACUUAUUGGUGACGUUGAUUUUCGAAUAUUAACUUAUCUUGAACAACAGCAACAAUUGAAAAAAACAAAUCGAGCAUGGCUUGAUCGUUGUGUUGAUGUCAUUGUUGUAUUUCUUACCGAUGAAGAUGUACGUGUCCGUCAAGUAGCAGCUUCGUCUUUUGCAAAAUUUGUCGAUCGAAGUUCAUUUUUACCGUGCCAAUGGCCAAUACAUUCUCUCCUAAAAUGGAUUAAUUAUUCAUGCCAAUGGAUAUAUAAAAUUCAUUAUUCAUUACAACAAUCAAAUACUUCAACAGCCAUAUCCAAUGAUGAAGUACAAUGUGAAACAGUAUCAUGUUUAUCAACUCUGAUUUUUGAUCGCUUAGCUCAAGCAACAACUCGAAUACAAAUUGUUGGAUGUUUCGAAGGCAUUUUAGCGCUUCUCAAUGUUCUAACACCAAAAACAAUACGAUCAUUUUUUCAUAAUCAAUAUGAUGAACUGCGUUUACUGAUUCAUUUUUUUAAACAUCCAUUUAUUUUACAUGACCUCAAUAAUUUACAAUUAUUACUCGAUAUUCUCAAUCUUAUCUUUCUGAAUUUAACAAAUGAUACAAAUGAUAUGGCUGAUCUUCAAUCAACAGAAAAAGUUUUUCAUUUUUUAAUCAAAAUUCUAUCAAUAUUUGCGUGUGUUGUCGAAGAUACAGUUCCACCAGUUCCGCAAGCACCAAAAAUAAAUUUUCCACAACUUCCUGCAUCACCGCAACAAUUAAAAAAACGAUUUGAAAAUAGUAUUGAUUCAAGAAAUGAAAAGGAUUCAGCUAGUAACGAUGGUACGAAUUCGCUAACAACAAGUAAAGAUUCGCCAACAGCAUUAAAUACAUCCAGUUCAGAUAAAGAUAAAAAACUUACUCGUACACAAUUAGGGUCUUUCGGAAAUAAUCCAUCGAUGAUGAAAUUAUUCGAAUUAAUACGUUCGUCCUAUCAAACACAUAAAAGUCUAUUAAGUUCAUUAGAAACGGAUCGUUUUGGACAAUUAAUUGCUACAACAUUAACUUGUUUAAAAUCAGUUCUAAAUCUCGUUUCCAUUCAAGACAUGUCAAAGCAUUUGGAAGAAACACUUAACUAUCUUAAAUCAACAUUUAAUAUCGACAAAAUAAAAACUAUUCAAUGCACACAAGAGUUCUUACUAAAUCUUCAUCAACUAACAGCCAAUCCGCCGUUGCCUACCGAUACAAAACCUGUAAAUGUUGUUUCACAAAUACCAUUGAAUAAUUCUCUAACUAAUAUUCAUACAAUAACGAUUCGACAACCAAUGCAGUAUUUAUUCGGUUCACGACACACACCAAGUGUUAAUAGUGAUCAACCGAGUGAAAACAGCCCAAUAAGAGAUUUUUAUUUAACUAAAAAACAACAGAAAACAAUUGAGCAUCUAAAACGUCCACCAAAUCGAACAGAACGUGGAAAAAUAGGUCAUUACAUUCGUUUGUUUGAACCAAUUGUUAUUCUCAGUCUUAAAAAAUAUGUUAAUUCAAAUGAAACUGAUUUUCAAGCUUCUGUACUCGAUUUACUUGUUGAAUUACUUUUAAUUCGCGUUAAUUACAGUUUAUUAGACGCUGACGAGCAUUUUCUUACACAUAUUAUUAAUCAAUUGGAAAUGAUUGAAGAACAUAUAUCAGGUUACGAUGUAUCAUCGUAUUUUAUUUAUCGUAUUGCUGAAUUUCUUGUUAUGCUAUCACAUGACACGCUACAUUCGAAACAAGUUAUUAAAGUACAAGAUGUAAUAAAGCAUUGUGAUCUAUUAUUAGCAAGUGGACACGAACCUGAAACACAUGCGUUAUUGGCAUUAGAACCAGUUGUUUAUGAUUUGUUUCUUGUUCGAGUCAAAGCUGAUAAUAAAGAAUUGGAAGCACAACGAAUGGUCAUCGUUCAAACAUUAUUGAAACUUCUUCGAUAUAAUAAAGCUUUGCAAUUGUUAACAAUUAUUGUUGAUAGUGUUCGAAAUGAAGGCGAUAAGUGGAAGCGUCUUUCACGGCAAAUAGUCGAUGUACUUCUUGUUCAUUUACAAUCACAUGUUGUACUUGGCCCAUCGAAGGGUCAAGCUUUAUUAGAUAUUUAUUCAACACAAUUAACAAUAUUUGAUGUUGUAUCAGCAGUUGCAUUACGUCCAAUCGAUCCAUUCGUGGUUGCUUUUCGAGCAUUAGCAAAUAGAAUGGAUAUUAAUCGUCAAACGAUGAAUCGAUGGUUAGUAAACAUUAAUGUUAUACUUCGAUGUUUGGUUCAAAAUUCAACUGAAGAUGCUAUACUAGCAAGAUGGAAUGAUGCUUCAUCAUCAAUCAAUGGAAUACGCGAUGAAACUUUUAGUGCAGCUCUUCUUCGUAUUUUACAUGAUGUAGUGUUACGUCUGUUGACGAAUACUCGGCAAUCCCGUGGUCAAAUUGAUAUGAUAUUAGUUUCACUCAUAGCCGAUUAUAUCUAUUUAAUAAUACAUAUCAUAGAUAAUGUUAAACAAUUUCGAACGAUUGUAAAUGAUUUUCGUAAAUUACUAAUUCACGAUGAAACCGAUGAAACAGUUCAUCGUCUUGAUACAUUUUCAUAUUUAACUAUUUUAAGUGAUUAUUUUAAAUUACUUUCUCCUUAUUACAUUCCACUAUUACUUCAAUGGACACAUAUACUCAAUAUACUUGAUUAUACACAAGAAGCCUGGUGGUCAUCGAUGUUAUCCAUACCAACUCCAUCAUCGUUAAUAACACAUCUAUCCAUCAGUGGCCAAUUACAAUCCUAUUGUGAUCUUAUUUGUCGUCAUGAACUAUAUGUUGAACAUUUAAUAUCAAUAAUAACUCAUCAUCAAUUAUUAUUUUUAUUAUUUGAACAAAGUGAUACAUGUACGUAUGUACAUAAUCUAUUUGGUCUUAUCCAUCGUACAUCGGUUGCAAGUCAUUUAUUUGUUGAAUCCAUCUAUACAAAUUGGGAUAAUUUAUUAAAACGAAACAAAUUAUUGUUAUCAUUGAAAAUUCUUCGUACACUUGAAGGAAUACAUCUAGACGAAAGUGGCCUUUUAUUAGUUUUAUUAAUCGAACAAUUUCUUACAUUACCCUAUAUAACUGUUUUACGUUUAGCUGAACUAAUUGUUUGCCGUCGGAUUGAAAUGAUGUUAACAUUUGAUGAACAAACUUUGAAUAAACAAUUGUUACCAAAAUAUUUACCAUUAAUUUUAGGAACAUUAUCAUCAUCGUCAUCAAACGGUAAUUCCGAUAAGAAAAAACAUGAUGCGAAAUCAAAUGAGCAUCUUUGGGCACUUAUGCAACGUUUAAUUGGAAGAAUGAAUUAUGAAUCAAACACUUCAAUGGAUAUUAUUACGAAAGAUUUCAGCAGUCUUAAUUGUAACGAUGAAGAUUUUGUUAUCAAUUGGAUUAAAAAAGUGCAUUGUCCAAUGGAUAUAACACCGAAGAUUUAUGCACAAAUGUUGAAAACUGUAACCUACAAAAAGUUGUUACCAUUUAUGAUGUCACAGGAUUUUACAUGGCUAUCGAUGCCGCAUUGUCUUAUCCUUGGUACUCAAAUUCCAUCAUUAUGGCGUGCAGCAACGAGUGCAUUAAUUAAAAAAAUCAACGAUCUAUGUUUUUCAUUGCCAACACAACGGUUAAUUCCUACUGAAAUUAAAAUCAAUGAUGAAGAAUCAACACCUGAUUCUAUUUAUAUAAAAAGUCUUGUAGAAUGUUCUAAUAAUCAACCAUAUUUAAUUGCCUUAAUCGAUUCCAUAUCGAUAUAUUUUGAAACUGUGCAAACCAACACUGAAUUAGCAUGUCAGUUUUCUUCAGGUGAUACACGUGAUUUAUUACGAUUUAUAAUAUUCAGCGCAGAAAUAAUUUAUAUAAAAAUUUCACGCAAGAAAGCAUAUCUCAGUUGGAAUUUAAUUGAAAGUUUUUGCCGUUGUUUAACCAAAACAAUACAUAAUCCAACAUCAAUAAUCUACCAAUUAUUUAGUGCGCCAGAUCAAAUUAUAUCGUGUUGUACGCUAGCCAAAACAAUACUCGCCAUAUUCGAAUAUCUUUUUCACCGAAAUGGUUUAAUUAUCAAAUGCAAACAAAAAAAUCAAGGAUUAAAAUCAUAUUUAAAUUUAAUCGAACCUGACACACGUCCAUUUACACAUUUUUUACUUACAUCAUUCAAUGAUCUUAACCGUCUUUAUGAAUUAACCAAAGAAAUUAAUUCUAUUCCAUAUUUCUAUCGGCAUGAUCUACGUCGAAUAGCUAUAUUAUUAUUUCGUUUGCCCAUAUUUAAUUCAUUUAUUCGCAUACCAAAACAGUUUUGGGAACAAAAUCAACACGACAUAAAGUUACAAUUCGGUUCCACGGAUUAUUGUCUAUCAUCAUUUCCAGCCGAUUUAUUACAACAUUCAGAAAUUAUGGCUGAUUACACUGAACGUAUAUCACUUGUUGGCUGGUUGUCAAGAACACAAUUUCAAGAAAUAUGGGUCUCGUUUUUGGCUUCAAUGAAUCCAGCUCAUCAAAAUAAUGAUGAUCAUGAACAAAUGACAAAUAAUUUAACGAAAGAAGAAAUUUUAGAAACAAAUGCAACACAAUGUAUAUGGAUUCGUGGCGUAACAACAUUUUUGUUAAAUGCGCUUCGAUUGAAUUGUUCAGGCAAUCCAGCAGAUACAACAUUUGAACAUCGAUGCCGAAACAAAUCUAUCCCAUUUUUAUUAACCGAUACCGGUGCUCAAUAUAUUCAAACACGCUCAACAUUAGACGCAAGUUUAAGUAAUUUAUUUACAAAUAUUGAACGAUCAGGUACAAAUGACUUAUUGUCAUAUGGGCAACUUUCCUUUGAUACAAUAUUAACAUCAAUUCAAAGUAACAAUGCAUUACCAUUACCUGCAAACAGUUUAUUUGAUCGUUUAUUUUCUCGUCAUGGCCUUGAUUUAACUUCAUCGUUACAAAUUCUAAUUGAACUCUAUGUUAGUUGGCUAACAACAAAUCCGAAUAGUUUAUGUUUACAACUAAAAUAUGAAUUAAUGCGUUCAUUUAUUUAUCUUUCGGAUUUAUUUACAUCAUCUCAACAAUUAUCAAAUCUCUAUGAUUUAUGUGAUGAAUAUUUUCGAACUUGGUUCGAUGAAGAUGAUCUAAUGAUAUCGUUAAUAAGUUAUGGUUUGUGCAAGUCCGGUGUACUUCUUGGACAAACAAAUAAAGAAUCCAAUGAAUUAUAUAUACGUUUAAUUGAACGUAAUUUUAAAUUCAUAACAAAAACGCAUGCAUAUGCAUCAUGUUUAUUUUUACUUGAAAGUCACGAAGACGAUUUAACUAAAGCUUUAAUACCAAUAUUAAUGCAAGAAUUAAAUAGUGAUAUACAAAAUUCUAAUUUAAAAGUUAAUUUAGACGCACGUUUAAAUGGCUUUAUUCUAACAAAUUUAUUUUAUAUUAUUGAAAAUAACUAUACAAAUUCUUAUGACCUACUAUCAUCAUUAUUUAAAGAUGAUACCAUUGAUAUCAAUGAUAAUUUAACACAAAAAAUAAUAUCGAUUGGUCUCGAAAGACUUCUAACACUUGGGCAAUAUCCUAAAAAUGACAUCUGGCGUUUGUAUAAACGUGCAAUAACAGCACUUCGUCAAUCGUCAUGGUUAAAUAUCGAUCAUCUUGUUUUAAUACUUGCACGUAUUUAUACAUUAUCACAAAGAACAAAUGAUAGUGCAAAUGCAUCGAACAAUGAACAUGCCAAUGAGGAACAAGAAAUGAUUGAAGGCUCAUCAGUAAUAUCAUCAUCGGAUAAUAUUGUUAUGGAACUUGUGGGAGAAUUAUAUGAACGUACAAAACAAUCAUCAACAUUGCCACACGAAGCCAUACUUCUUCUACGUCCAUUACCAUCAUUACUUGCACACAUUGGCCUAUCGGAUCGCCUAAUGAAUAAAAUGGUUCUUGAAUUUGCAGCAUCAACACAACAAUUAUAUCCUCAAAUACUUGCCUAUACUGUGUUUGCAGUUUUUCGAGCUUUAAUUAAUGCACAUUAUUCACCCAAAGUGAACGAAUGGACAUUGUUAUCAAUGACUAGUAUUGCACAAAGAAAACCAAUACGUAUGGCCAUAUGGGGAUUAACCUGUCUUAUGUUAAGCGCAUGUCCGUCACAUGCUAUUGCUGAUUCACUGUUUCCAUUGACGCUAUCACGUUUUAGUGCUCGCUUCGAAGAAUUAGAUAAUCGUCUAUUUUUUCUUGCUGGUCGUGAAUAUUAUAUACAGUUAAAGAAUAUUGAGCAACGCCGUCAAUUCGAGCAAGCAUUUGCUAAUGAAUCGAAUACAGAAAAGCUUUAUGCUGACUUACUUGCACAUAUUCAAGAUAUGGUCGUAUCAUCGUCUUGA